UGUCGGGAAGAGAGAGAGAGAGGAGAGAGAGAAAGGCAGAGAGGGUAAUUCUGAGAAGAAGAAGAAGAGAGGGAAGAGCCGUUUGAGCCGUCCGUUAACUUGCCGUUAAACGAAAAAAUUAUAUGAAGGCAGAAGCUCAAGCGUAACGAUGGUGUCGGACCAAGAGAUAGCGGAAGGCGUGGAGACAGUGCUCCGUCAAUCAGACCCUAACGCCGUCACUUCCCUGAACAGUGUCGUUCAGCAGCUCGAAGCGAAACUAGGGUUAGAGCUUUCCCACAAAACGGAAUUCAUCAGGGACCAAAUCACUUUCCUCCUCCGCUCGCACCCCGUACCGAAAGACCAGCUGCCCCCUCAGCCCCAAAACCAGUCCCCAAAUUUCCUUCUUCCCCAACCGUUUCACCAGCCCCAUUUCGCCUUUCAGCAACAGACGCAAGUGAAACACCCACAGCCCGUCCCGGCGGUGAAAGACCAGAAUGCAGCAGCAAAUGCUUCUGAAACGCGGAAAGGAAGAGCACCAGCUAGAAUUAAAAGAAGAGGUGGUCCUGGAGGUCUAAAUAAAGUAUGUGGCGUUUCACCUGAACUACAGGCCAUUGUCGGGGAGCCAGCAUUACCAAGGACAGAGAUAGUGAAGCAGCUGUGGGCAUACAUCAGAAAACAUAACCUUCAGGAUCCAGGGAACAGGAGAAAGAUUAUCUGUGAUGAUGCUCUGCGACUGGUCUUUGAAAUAGACUCUACUGACAUGUUCAAGAUGAAUAAGUUGCUGGCAAAGCAUAUUUUGCCGCUUGAUCCAACAAAACAAUCGGAGCAAGCUAUGAAAUUAAAAAAUGAAGAUGAGUCUACAAAGCAAAAUCAAGAUUCUAGCCUUGUUCCUGUAGUAAUAUCAGAACCACUUUCAAAUUUCUUUGGGACAGGAGAAAAAGAGAUGCUUCAGUCAGAGGCUUUGGAGCGUGUUUGGGAGUACGUAAAGGUUAACCAGCUGGAGGAUCCUCUGAGUUCUAUGGUUAUUCACUGUGAUGCGAAGCUUCAAGAGCUUUUGGGUUGUGAGAGUAUUUCUGCCUUGGGAAUUCAGGAGAUGCUUAUCCGCCAUCAUUUAUUGAAGAAAUGAUAAUGUUUUGUUAUGUACUGGUGAUAUGACGCUGUAGCUGGAUAGAUGUUUCUGAUGACAUGACUGAUGUCUUUCGAAGAUGUAAUUUAGUUUCUUUACUCACAGUUUGCACCUAUGAACAAUGUGACUUAGUACCGGCCGAGGGCUAGAAAUAUAUUUUGUAAUUAUAUCAUGAUGGCCUUGGUUUAGGUUUUUCUCGUCUCUUUAUUCUGACUAAUGCCGUUGUGAUGUGUAAGAAAAAAAGAUUUAGAUUAAUGCUACAUUAUCUGGACGCCUUGCAAUCGGUAUGUAGAUGUCGACUAGUUUUAACUCUCUCUAUCAGUUUUUUUCA